AUGCAAGUGAGACUUACCAUGCAGCUUGGAGCACUAGCUGCAUCGACUAUGGCGUUGGAAGAAGCCCGGAGUAGCCCGUCUCGCCUCCCGCCCCGGCCAUUCUUUUUCCUUGCAGCCCUGAGUGAUAUCAUCACACAGCCAGCCAAUGUCACGCCGCAUCAUCUUUUGCCGCCUCAACCAACAGAAUCGACGUUUGGCCUCCCACAAAAUGUCACUAGCGGUAAUACGGGCCGUAAGGCCAUCGAAGAUCGAAACGAGCGCAGGAGAAAAGGGCCUGCUGGUCCUGUCACGGGACCCGCUGGUUAUAACACCGAACAAAAGGAGGCUCGGCCCUAUAUAUACGACGUAUUAUGUGGAGAGGGCCAGGUAGGUACCUGUGGCCCCCAUACAAAUCAUGAGGCAUGCGAGGUACCGCUGGAGGCGCACAUCGCAGCUUCUGGGUUUCUCCCUCUGAGCCGAGAGAGGGAUGACGAUGCUCCACCAGCAGGUUAG